AUGUCAAACCCUCUUAUCGGACUUGGGCAGGUCUUUACUGCAGCACCGCUCUCAUCCGACAACAUCGACACUGAUCCUCUUCUCCAGAGUGUUAAGAAUGGCCUCGCUGGCGGUGAAGGCACGUCUGAUUACUUCAACGUCAUCAACAGCAUGUCUCAGGUUUAUCAGCAGCUCAAGGACAACGGCCGCAAUGCAUGGGUCAAGGGGACCGAUGCCAACGGCCUGCCCGUCUAUUAUGUUGAGAGCACUGAUACCUUGACCAACAAGAACUUCUUUGCCAAGAUCAGUGUUGACGGUCUCAACUUUGAUGUUAAUAACAACGUCAAGACUAACGGUACGACUACUGUCAUCAAUGGCAUUACGUACCAAGGUGUUGGGCUUAUGAAUUACACAUCUGGUUGGAACACCUAUAACUUCUCUACUACUUCUUGGUGGCUGGGCGUCGGCAUCAGUGGUGCCAUUGCCUUCAACGGAAUCAUCAGCGCUCUCUCAAAUGCUAUCCAGGCUGUCGCCAAUGCUCAGGCAGAUGCGAUUCAAGAUAUUGCUAAUGAUCCGGCGGCUGAGGAUGGUGGAGAAGCUGAAGAGGAGGAGGAGGGUGAGGAGAAUGCGAGCGGUGACGAAAGCAUCAGCACUGAAGCCGGCGAUGAUGUUGCGAUCCUCGAAGCUGAAGAGGGUGCUGUGGCAUGGGGCGAUGUUUUCCUGGGAGCAGGUAUCGUUCUGGCAGUACUCUUUGUGGUUUUGUCCUUCGUCCUGCAUGACUCGUUCCAAUACGUGAGAGUCUGGAACUUGACCAGGUAUAAGCUUGUCUGGGUCAUCCAGUUUGACAAACAUCAGAACACGGACGAGGGUCAGCUCGUCAUUGGUCCUGUUCAUUUCAAUCCUGACAAUAGUAUUGCGGCUUAUGAGCCGUUCCUCCCUCUGAAUAGCCAACCAGCACCUCCUGGUGUCAUUCCUCCACCUUCGGCGCAGUUUGCAGACAUGAACAUCAACUCCAGCAGCCAGUAUGCUGGUAUUGGGUACGUUCUACAGUAUCAGCUUCAGGACCCCACAUCUGGUGAGGUGGCUUACACCGGCACCGCGUAUUUCGAUAUUCCCUUCGAUGGCGACAACUCUACAAACGUCACCUUUGACUCUGUCACGGAUCUUCAGGCUUGGUAUGACGACAACUCUGGCAACAAUCAGAGCACUGUGGCCAGUACCACCACCUCAGAUGGAAAGGUCACCUUCUUCACCACCUUUGACUACCUGAGUGGCCAGCAUGUAGUUCCCCAGUCAUCCGGAGGGUCUCCGACAACUCAGUAUUACUACCAAUCACUUGUUGCUUUUGUGGAAAAUGAUCUCCCUUCGGCGUUGCAGACUGCACCAGAGUCCCUUCCAACUCAGCUGUUUCAGGUGAAUCCGCUGAAGGGCAUCCACCCCAAGAUCCGAAGACGUGUGUUCGGACGUCGCGGAAAGACUGCCAAGGCUAAAAAGGUCUAG